AUGACGGAGAUCAAGCUGCCGAAUAUCCAGAAAGUUACAUCAAGUGAUCACUGGAGUUUGGCCAGCAACCAGUAUCCAUCUGGUAAAUUUCCUAAGGUAUCAAUUGGCAUCCCUCCUCCAAGGUCAGAUUCUGUAUCAAGAAGCAGAGAUGUUGCUGCUGCUGCUGCCCCUGCAUUCGAGAGGAACCUGUCUCAGAGAACUGAUGGAAGAUCUAGACCCCCGAAAGCGAAUAAUGCUUCACUCCGGGUCUCACAAGAAGCUGCAAACCAUGGUGGAUCUGCUGCACAGGCACCUGAAGCCACCCAUGUUAGGGUUUCUCUAACACAACCUGAUGACCAUGCACGUGAGCAAACCGGAACCUUUUCCUUUGGAACAAGAAAAGAACAAGGCAGCCAGCUUGACCAACUGCAAAAGGCACCCUUCGUGAAUUCACAAGGAAAGCGCCAAAUGGAAUCUGCAGAUAACACCAAGUCCAACAGCGAAGUGCUCAGGAUGAAGCUGCGGGGGAUCCUUGGUACAUCACAAACCAAACAGGCUGUUGCACCAAACCCUGAAGACAUUGAGACACCGGACCAACCGAAAAGUCUAACAACCAAUGGACCAUCUUCAGGGAUCAAGAAGGUUUACACGUCACGUUUUCCUGAUAUUAUCAAGACACCUGAUCUGCUCAACUGUCAAACAGGUACCUAUGCAAAGAGCAAACCAUCCUCUGAUCCAAUUGAGUCAGAUUCUGAUACUCCACAAGUAGUUGAAAUGAGGCCUGUUACUCGCACCUUGGGUCGCAAGAAAGCACCAGCAGCCUCCAAGAAGCAGGAUAAGAACCAGAGUGCAAAGAAACCAUUGUCUACUUCACGUUCUGCACCCAAACAGAAAACGCAGGACAAUGUCUUUGUUUUUGAUGAGAAAUGCACACCCAAAACCGUGGGGAAAUCUGCAAAUGGUAACUCUGGCUGCUUGAGAAAUCUUAGAAGCUCAAAUAGGAAGGCUAAAGUAGAGCUUAAGAAGGUCCAUUGUUCUGACAAGAUUUCUGACAAGAUCACACAGGAUGCUAGGGAAGGACAGCUAUCUUCUAGAAAUGCAGCAUCAGAGAAUAAGGGAGAGAAAACCACCUCCUUUUCUUCAUUGUCCCGAGCUGGAAAAACUGCUGAGAGCCGUUCUAGAAGCCCUACAAGGGAGAAACGGCUGAAUGGAAUGGCUAAAGUUGGGCUUCAGAAGAUGCAGUUGUCAGAGAAGUUGCUGCCCACGACACUGAAUGUGGGUGAAGAUAAGCUCUCUUCGCAGAAUAUUUCAUCAAAGAGCAAGGAAAAUUAUUCUUCAUUGCUGCACCGGAAGGAGAAUUCUAAUUUGAGCAAAGCUUCAGACAGAAGCCCUCAGGCACAUAAACCAGCGGGAAAUACUUUUAACUUGCCACCAUCUGGCGCUGCUAGUCCAUCACCUGAACCGAAAAUGUAUCCAUGGGGCAACGAGGCAAGUCCCCAGAUAAAUGGUAAACCAUCUGGCACUGCUAGUCCAUCACCUGAACCGAAAAUGUACCCAUGGGACAAUGAGGCAAGUCCCCAGAUAAAUGGCAAACCAUCUGGCGCUGCUAGUCCGUCACCUGAAGCGAAAAAGUACCCAUGGGAGAACGAGGCAAGCCCCCAGAUAAAUGGUAAACUGGGAGAGAAGUUUGCCAGUCCAUUGGCAGACAGAUUCAGAAACAUGGGAGAUGAUUUUGCAAGUCCUACUUUUGCAACUAAUGUAAAUGGCUACCACACUAGAAGUAAAGUGCUACAUGAUGACACAUACAGCCCCAAGUAUCCAAAAAGUGUGAACAGGUCAAGAUCAAGUUCCUUUGCUUCUGAUCCAGGGUCUGAGCCAUCGGACGAGAUGGAUAAAACCUAUGAUUUACCUAAAAGUGAAUCUCCUAAUUCUUCAGAAGAAAGGGAGAACAAAAAACAACCAGAUCUUUCACCCAUUUCGCCAACUGAAGAUGAAAUGGCUCAAACUUCUAUUCCAAGUUUUGGGAAAGGAUAUAAAACUCGCAAAUGGCUUUCAGAUGUAGACAGCCCUGAUAAAUCUCUAGAAAAUCUGGAUAGGAAAUCACAUCUAAAAGAGGGUAAAAGAGGCAAACGGCGCUUACCUUCGCCUGUUCCUUUUGCCACUUCUGGAACACAAGAAACUAUAAUGUCAGACAAAGAACCAGUGCAAUGCCCAGAUGACUACCUAAACAGGGCUUUUGAUGAGUUACUGCUGGUGCUGGGAAGGUUUCAAACCAAGAUCAAGUCCGAAACAAGAAAUAGAAGUUCUGAGAUACUGGUAGGUACUGGAGAGAUAAUUCGCCAGCACCUCGAGGGAGUUGAGGUGCAAAUGCAGGAUGAUGUGGAUAAGCUGGUCAAUGCAGGAAAAUCUAAAAGGAAGCGACUAAACUCAACAUUUGAAGAGCAACAAGAACAGUUACGGGUUCUUCAUGAGAAGUUCAAGGAGGAGGUUAAUCAGCAGUUGCUUGGUUGCAAGAACUCUCUCGAGGAAUUUGAAGCCUAUCAUGCAGAACUUAAGGGAGUAGCUGAGAAGCAAAAAGCAUCACACAAGAAGCUCCUCCAACAAGCCGAGAGCAGAGUUGGUUCUCAGCUCAACGACGCCGAAAUCAAAAUCGCGAAGGUUCAGAAGAGAGCCCGGAAGAAGAUGAAUGGCCUGAAACACGUGCUCAAGGAGCUCAUCACCGACACCGCAGAUUGA